GUUAUAAAACCUAGAGAAAGAGAGAGUUAGUUAAGCGUUAAGGAUGGGUUUACUGUGGUGGCGGAAGGGGAAGAAUUCACAACCUGAAGCGAAGUUGUCGACGACGGAGAACGCGGCGAAGAAUGGUGGUGCCUCGGCGGUGAAACCAACUACGGAGGCGCCAGGGAUGAACGGUGCAGUGGAGGUUAAACGACCUAAGAACGCGAGUGUUUCAGUUUUCGAGUUUGGUUCGGUUGCUGCGAGCAACGAUAAGGUUACUCUUGCCGGUUAUUGUCCAGUUUCUGAAGAUCUUGAGCCUUGCCGUUGGGAGAUCCUACCGGCGGUUGAGUCAAACGCGCCGCAGUUUCGCGUUGUUUUCUGAUAUCUCAUGUUAUGUGUAUUCUUGUUUAGUUUUGCGAACUAUUUAUUUGAACCGAAAUUGAUGAUGUACUUUUAUAUAUGAACGAACUGUGUUUUCUCUGUUCCAUUUAUUUAUCCCAAUUCAUUAUAUGUUCCAGUAA